AGGAAGCCAGAAGCAAGACGCCGCCGGAUCCAUCAUCACACACGGUGCGCACUCCUGAUGGCGCUUCUCGACAAAGUGCCCGGCGAGCUGGAGUUGUACAUUGGCGGGCUCUUUACCUUGCGCCGCAAAGAAGCACUGCAGACUGCGGGCGUCACCCAUGUUCUGUCAGUGCUGAGAUUGCCGCUAGACGACAAGUUGUUUGAAAACUAUGAGCACAAGGUCGUAGAGGUUGAUGAUGUCGACGACGAGAAUUUGCUGGAGCACUUUGAUGACUGCAACAAGUUUAUUCAAACCGGCCUGGAUGCCGGUGGUGGUGUCCUCGUGCACUGUGCCAUGGGCAAGUCCCGUUCCGCGACGUGUGUGAUCGCUUUUCUGAUGCACAAGUAUGGCCUGAGUCCCGACGAGGCGCUGGCCCAGCUUCGAGAGAGCAGACCGCUCUGUGAGCCGAACGAUGGCUUUUGGAAGCAACUAGAACUAUAUCACGAGAUGGGAAGGCCCGAAACGGUCGAAGACGUCCCUGCCUAUCAGCGCUGGCUGUAUCUGCAAGAGGUCGCCUUGAGUCGUGCUUGUGGUCAAGCUCCCGAUGCAGAGAAGAUUCGGUUCGAGGACGAGCACUCCACUGGCUCUGGGAAUGUAGAUUUCGAAAUGCGUUGUAAGAAGUGCAGACGUACACUGGCUACUUCUCAGUACAUUGUCAGCCAUCAAGCGCAUCGAAAUGACGAGUCUGGCUCGCCUCCGAAUCGUACAAUUACAUCGGCACCGUGCGCUCAUUAUUUUCUGGACCCACUUUCCUGGAUGCGGUCAGAACUCGAGCAAGGCAAACUAGACGGCCGACUUGAAUGUCCGAAGUGUAACACAAACGUGGGCAAGUAUGCGUGGCAAGGUAUGCAGUGUAGCUGCGGCAACUGGGUCGUGCCCGGUAUCAGCCUUGCCAAAGGCAGGAUCGACGAAGUCAAAUCAAAACCGCACGAUAACUAUGGCAUUCGAAUGCCACCAUCAACAAGCACCAGGAAACCAGGCCAAGGCCAGGGCAAUUUGUAAUACGCGAGCCUCAUCUUUGGAAGGAAACGUUGUUCGGCGACCAUGCACAAUGUUAUGCUGCCAUGAACAUGACGAGUCAAGCUUACGCCAUCUCUUGUCAUGCUGGCCUGACAUGCGGUGACAUGCAUCAAUGCGGACUUGCUCACUGCUGACGCGCGCAAGCAAAAUCGGAAUCGGUACCGAGAACAAUGCUAUGUCUUGGCGAGUGUGUAUACUUUGGUAUGCUGAGCUCAAGCACCACGUACCGCAUAUGCUCGUCAGCCAGCUACACGAUGCACUACAUCAAGCACGAAAGCUGAUAUGCAUGAGGGCUGGAGGCGCCUCUGCAUUCCCAUACGACAUCGAACUACGAUGUAGAUCAACCAAAAGUGGGAGCCGAAACACGAGGCUGUGGAGGGUUGUGAUCAAAAGGCGCGAUGCGAACUGCAGGAAUGGCUGAGUUGUGCUCAGCCCUAUGACUCAACGACACUCGUCCUCGGCUACGCUUUGACUGAGCUUCUAGGCGAAGUUGAGACGGGUGGAACGAACCCGGAACCACCACCUGAACACAAGUGUAGACAUGGCACUAUCGACUGCGAAUAGUAUAUAUACCUACCUAUGUGGCCAUAAUGGACCUGAUAAAGGCUCUGGUUGUAGCUGAUACAACAUCUAGUCCCACUCACAUCGCCCCGGACGCUGCCCCAUCAAGCAAGAUCAGACUGCAUUCAAACAUCUUUCUAGGAAUCCUGCAGAUGAUCAUAGCGUUCAACACCAAAACAGACGUGACACUAGCACACACCCCUUGAUGCGAACAGCAUUGAGGACAAAAGUCUCUACUACUCCAAUAGUAGCCCUUCCCUAUUCGGGUCCGCCCUAGGGUCCUCCAAAUAGUCGUCGCUCUUGAUCUCAAAAUACUCAAAUCUAGGUAUCAACAAAAGAAGCAAGAAAAGCAACGAAAAAUCGGCCUGAAAAAGUACCGACUCUCCGACAAGCUAAGAAGCUAAGGAGCUACAUACAUUACAUAGGAGGUAGGAGGUAGUAUACCAGCUAUUGCUUCAAACUUCCCACAUCUUACUAGCUACAAUCUCUCUCUCUCUCUCU